AUGGGGUGACUGGUGCCAUGACUUGUGAAAGGGGGGUUGGAGAGGCUCGCUGUGUAGAGGGCACGCGGUGUGUUCGCUGGAGACUUGUCAACGGGGUGGACAUGUUUACGUUCGUCGCCAGCCAUACGAGAGCCCCGCUGUGUGUAUCGUGCCGGCUGACUGCGGAUAGUACUGCGUAUCUCUUGUAUUGACAAAGAUAUGCAUUAGGCCCCUCUAGAUCACUAGAACAUCAAAGAAAAGUAAGAAAUGGACUUAAUAAAGACUCUUCAAGAUCCACAUCUUGUGGCAAGUUUCCAGCAUUUCUUUGGAAUACGUCGUGUGGGCACGCCAGGAAGCAACAAGAAGUAUAUUAAUGGGGACCAGUUUGGUGGUGCUUCGGCAUCUUACUCGCACACCAAAGAACCGACACCCAGCCUUACGAAGCAUUACUUAAAUGACCAAUCACGUAUACAGGGGUUACAACUUUGUAGAAAAUGUGACCGGCUAACCGAGACAAAAACUCGCAAGACUCACACUCGUCAGGACUCUGCUGCAAGUGCAGCUAGUGACGGGAGCAAUGGCAGUGGCAGGUCGUGGAUGAGCAUGCUGCUUGGGGAGAACACGGGAGGAACUGAAGGAAGUAUGGAGGAAGACAAUACUGCCUCCGAGGCAGAACCGGAGGAAAACGCCUAUAGGAUUAAGGACAGGUUUUGGUGCCAUCUCCUCUACCAUCUCUUCUUUUUUGCAACGAGCUUGGGUGGAGAACUGUUCUACUCGGUGUUCUUCUGCUUCUGGUCGUGGAAUGUGGAUGGGGCCGUGUUACGGAGGGUGAUGGUCAUAUGGAUGAUCACCAUGUAUAUUGGACAAGCGCUAAAAGACAUCUUGAAAGUGCCUCGGCCAGCUUCUCCACCGGUAAUUCGUCUCGACCCGAGGUGGCAGUUAGAGUAUGGUCUACCGUCCACGCAUGCUAUGGUGGGCGCGGCCAUGCCGUUCUCCAUUCUCAUUCUCACGUUGAACCGUUACCAAUUGGAUUGGGGUUGGGGAUUGGCUAUUGCAGUUACUUGGUGUACGUGUGUGUGUCUGUCCAGACUCUAUCUGGGAAUGCAUUCCGUUUUGGAUGUGUUGUGUGGUCUGAUGCUGGUGACUGUGUUGUUAGUGAUGAUCUUGCCCUGGGUGGAUGUCCUUGACCACCUGGCUCUCACCCACCCGGCCUCUCCCCUCAUUUCCUUCACACUGACCGUCGCCAUGGUUGUCUGCUACCCUGCCACUGAUCGCUGGACGCCUGCCAGGGGCGACACUACUGUUAUUGUUGGCGUUGGGUGUGGUUCGCUCCUAGGAUCAUGGGCUAACUACCAGCUGGGAAUUAUUAGAGAGCCAUCGUUACCCCCACCAUACAGUGUCAUCUGGCCAACGCUUAACAUGAUCGGACUUUCACUUCUACGCACGAUACUUGGGCUCGUCAUCAUUUUGGCUGUGAAGGCAAUUUUUAAGUCCCUCUCUUUUGCCACCAUUUGUGCAUUGCUGCAAGUGAAAGCAGAAGACUACAUGAACAAGACUGGUGGCAUCACUGUUCGUCGUCGUCUCGUUGUCGAGCUGUUCUACAAGUUCAUUACGUACAUUGCGAUUGGGUUCACAGUUGUCUACACGAGCCCAAUGGCAUUCCGUCUCAUUGGCAUAGAGAGGCCUACAUUUUAUACGGAAAUUUAACUGGGUAAGAUCUAAUCCCAUCACAGUAUAAUUACAGCAUAAUUAAAAUUGUGUGUUAUUAAAAAAAUCUAAUUUAUAUGUAUAUAACAAUGUUACAGUUGUUUGUAUAUACAGCAUAUUUUGAGUCUUUGUUUAUAUAUAUAUAUAUAUAUGUACACAGUUAUAAAAACAUGUGGGUCAUUAGUAAACUCAUAAUAAUAAUAGUGGAAAGACUGUUCUGUAUAUAAGUACUGUAGUAGAUUUAAUAUUUAGCAGACUUUUAUAAUAUUGUUUCUUAUAAUAAUAAUAAUAAUAAUAAUAAUGAGUUUGACUAAAUAUUAAAACAAAAAUUAUCGUCAAAACAUUAAAUAUUUUAAGGACGAAAAGUCGGCUGUUCUAUAUUUUGUAUACAAAUAGCAUGUAAUUUUGUAUAGCUAUAUAAUUCUAUUUUGAUUAUCACGGUAAAAUAUUACACUCAUGAGUUAUUGAUUGAUUUUUUCACAAGUAGAAAGUACCGUAUUCGCAGUACAGUAUUGAAACGGUACUGUGUAGUAACACUUGUGUUAAUGAAGAUGUAUGCACGUAGGUCAACACACGUAGGUCAAUACCGAGAGUUUCAGGGUUUCACUCACUUGUGAUUACAAGAUCACGGAUCUUUGCCUUUUGGUGUGACUACUACUGUGUAGCAUGUCACAGUAGAAUCUCAAGCUCAGAGUCUAUUCUUAUUUAAAUGAUAAUACUUUAUAUAUAUUGUAGAUAGAGAUAAUAAAAGUUGGAAAAUGAUAGCACUGCUGAUGUGAGACAGCAGCCAUUUUACCCAGAGUCAGGAGUGGACGUUAAGCUCGUGUUACUCGUGGAUUAUUUUACCCAGAGUCAGGAGUGAACGUUAAGCUCGUGUUACUCAUGGAUUAUUUUACCCAGAGUCAGGAGUGGACGUUAAGCUCGUGUUACAUGUGGAUUAUUUUACCCAGAGUCAGGAGUGGACGUUAAGCUCGUGUCACUCGUGGACUAUUUUACCCAGAGUCAAGAGUUAAGUUACACACUGUUAAGCGCGUGUUGUUCAUGGUUUAUAACAUCCUGCCUUCGCAAUUUAGCCUGCUUGGUGGCUAAAGCAAACUGCCAUAAUAUAAUAUUUUUGUUCUGGGACAAAGAAAGUCUUGCCUGUAACCCAUUUGUAGUUGGCCUUCAGCCUAAGUACAGUAGCUUUCAAAUUAUUUUCAAGUCCUAGUUGUAUAUUGCACUUAAAUUUUAAACUCAUUAUCGUACUUUUAAAAAAGUCUAAAUAAUACUUUGCACUUUGUACUAAAAAUUUGUAUUUCAUGAGUUAUUACAUGAAAUUGUAACAUUUUUAUAUUGAAAUGUUAAUAAUUAUUUUUCCCAUCGUAGAUGUGAUGCUUUGCCUGUAUGGUGUCUAGUCUCUGUUUCAGAAUUGCAAGGGUUUUAUUAUUAAUUUACGCACGUUAAGUGUACUAGCAAAAAUUAAUUGAGAUACUGAAUUACAAAUCCACUUUCUUAUAUCGAGUAAAAUAAUAAACAAUGAUUGUUUAUCACAAUCGACUUGAGAAUGGUCCAGGACGGACCGAAACGUCGUCGUCCCUUCACUUUUUAGUGUGUGGUUCGUUCAACAUAUUUCAGCCACGUUAUUGUGACUCCCCGUAACAAAAGGUUAGAGCAUUUAAGUGUGUUUUGAGUGCAACAUAUAAAAUAAGAGUCCAGCAAGAGUCAACAGCAACAAGGCCAGGACUAUGGUUCAUAUUGGGCAUGUUCAUGAGAGCUAAUUCAACAAGCAUUUGUGUAUAGAAGUGGGAAAGAGUCCCUAACAUCACAGAAGAAAUUGUUGUUUGUGUCUGCAGACUUUACACUUCUUUCGUGCUCUUUUGGUCUUGUCAUUCAGUGAAUAGCCAGUUUCACCAAAGUAUUGGGGAGGACAAGAGGAACAGGAAAUAAAAUAAACUCCAGCAGGAGUAGUGUGAACUGGAUUACUAUGAAGUGUUGGUUUGUUAAAACCUGAGCUUUAUCUGAGAAGGACAAAGGAUAUUAGUGAGAUUUUGAGUGCAGAUAUGAUAGGAAGGCACAGCACAAUGUUUCUAGUACAGUAUUGGAAGUAUAGCUUGAGAAUAGGUACAAUUGAUAAAAUUUAAGAGAUAAUGAAGGCAAGAGAAAGAAAGAUUUGUGAAAAAAAGAUGUGAUGGCCAAAACUAUUCAUUAGAAACUGAAGAAACCGUGUUUCAUUCCGUCUUGGACCGAUGUUUCAGUUUCUGGUGUGUGGUUUGGUCCUCAUUAUUGUGACUCAUCGUCUGCAUAAAGAAGAGAAAUUUGAGAAUAAAGAAACUGGGGGUCACUGAUGUGUACGGCCUGGAGAAAGAGGGAGACGAGAACACUUUUCUUACGAGAAGGCAGAUAGUAGACAAAGAAGUAACCACAUUCCAUUGUGGACAAGCUUAUGGUAGAAAGAGAAGCCAGACCCACAACUGUUGACAUGUUAGUUAACCGACUGCUAGGAAAGGAAGGAGAGCAUUAGAUUUCCAAUCAUCUUUGAAACAUUGAAUGGAAGUUUUUUUUUUUUUUUUUUUUUUUUUUUUAGAAAAAAAAGAGGUUCGAAGCCUAGUCACAAGGCCUAAGAGCAAAUAUAUCAACAACAUAGCAAAUCCAGAGAAAGAGAGAAAGGGACAAGUAUCAAUAGUUGGAAGAAGAACAGUUUCAAAGUACAGUAUUUCAUAUAGAGAUUGGCAAGAACAGGAAUCCUACACUACACUAUUGUCUGGGAUGCACCCGGACGCAGGUUCGAAUCCUCGUCACGGCCCUUGUGGAUUUGUUCAGGAAUCCUGCACUUUUUUUGGGUGGAUGGAUUGGUAUAACCAUUUCCUAUAUUGCUGCUCUUAUUUUCUUUAGGCUGCUGCCUUUUUACCCCAUGAAAGUAGGAAACAAAAGAACAAUAAUGCUUGAAUAGAGUAUUUAUUACACAUGCGAGAUGGUUUUAAUUUGUAACUGGCAUAGGUAUGUUUGCAGUCUCUAGUCAGUGGCUUAUUUAUUUUCUAAUAUAGGUGCUUGAUAGUACUCAAUAUUUGAAUGGUAUAUAUCACAUUACAUUUUGAUCUGAAUGGGUGACUUGUAAGGAAGCUGUGAUUCAUGCUUGUACAUCAAUGUUGAUUUGUAAUGUCUUCAGGCUGAAUUUUGAUGUUUUCUUACAAGCAUCCUUGAUAUUUGUGAAACUGAUGUGUAACUUAAUGUCAUCCGAGUGCAUCUUUCAGUGAAAACACGAACUACGGUACUUUGGAUCUUAAUCAAAAUAUGAUUGUUGGAGAAAUAGUGCUCUUGUUGCAGGGUAGAGGGUGAUAUGUCACUGGUUUCAAAUACCUAGUUACUGUCUAUUAGAAGUGGUUAACAUGUUUUUAUGAAAGCAAAAAAUUAAAUGUAAUGUAAUUUCAGUUGUAACUGAAACUGCUUUUAAGAUUUUUUUUUUAACGUUCUGUGGGACCCAAUGAAGCGGGUAGUGUUUUACUUUUGUAUAAGCAUUACAGUACUUUUUUCUGUUACUGUAGUUUCAUGUGAUAAAAGGGCUGUUGUUGCCGAGAUAUUUAUAAUUCUGUCAUGUAAGGAAGACAUUGAGGGAUAUAUAAUUACUGAACAAAAAUAUUCUGACCCAAUUAUAAUAAAGUUUUGUAAGGACACUUCAUUUUGUAAUAUUUAUAAAUAUCACAGUGGCUAUUGAAUUACUGAUUAAAGUCUUUAUUCUUAA